CCCACCCUCCCUCCUACAGCCAAUGGGAGGGCAGGACGCGCGUCAGCCUGCAGAGCUUCGAGGUGGCGAGGAGAGAGAGAUCCGAGCACAGGAGGAGGAUUCUCCGGGUCUUACCGCUCUCUGAGGCCGCUCUUUACGCCGCCGGAGCCGCGCUGAGGGCCGUCUGGAGCCGCCUGGGCAGGAAUGAUCCCCCGCAGAGGCCGGCCGGCCGUCGUGUGGGGAGCGGGUUGUGUUUAGCGGCUCGUCCGCUGCGGAGUGAAGGAGGAGCGGAGAAACUGCAGCCCGUCUUCCGCACAGGAGCGCGACUUAUCCCCGCAGCAUCUACCGCAGCCCCCCGGCUGUUUAACCAGCGAUCAGCAGAUCAGCAGACGAGACGAGAUGGCGAAUCAGAUGACGAGUCAGAUCCUCUCACCCCUACACUACUGAAGCCGGAGUGAGCGAGGUGGACCAUGCUCUGUCCAGAGCGGGGCGUGGUGGAGGAAUGGCUCUCAGAAUUCAAGACGUUACCUGAUGACCUGAUCCCGGGCUAUACGUGUCAUCUGCGUCUGAAGAAAGGCCUGGUUCCUGCUCUGUAUGCUGUGAUUCAGGAGCAGCCCUGCAGUGAGCUCUUGGCUCCAGUGUGUCACCAGCUGUUUGAGCUGUACCGCAGUACGGAGGUGGGUCUGCGCCGCUUCACCCUGCAGUUUCUGCCCGAGCUGAUCUGGGUGUAUCUGCGCCACACCGCCAGCAGGGAACGCCACCGUAACGGCUGCGUGGAGGCCUUGCUGCUGGGCAUCUAUAACCUGGAGAUUGUGGACAGUAAGGGGAACAGCAAGCUCUUGUCGUUUACCAUUCCCUCUCUCUCCAAACCCUCCAUAUACCAUGAGCCCUCUAGUCUGGGCUCGAUGGCGCUGACGGAGGGAGCUCUAAGCCAGCAUGACCUGAUCCGGGUGGUGUACAGCGGCCUGCUGCCCCAGAGAGAAACCUUCACCUCCCAGAACAGGUUCGAGGUGCUGUCCUUUCUUAUGCUGUGCUACAACUCUGCUGUGGUCUACAUGCCUGCGUCCUCCCACCAAUCAGCCUGCAGAAUGAGCUCACGGUUGUGUGUGUGCGGUUACCCGCGGCAGCAGCAGAAGUUAUGGCGGGAGCCCUGUAACCGCGUGCGCCUGGACCCGGAGUUUAUGGUGCAAAUGCUGACGGCAGUUUACCAUGCCAUCUACAAUGGCCAGUGGGACCUGGGCAGAGAAGCUUUGGAGGACAUCUUAUACAGAACACAGCUAGAACUUUACGCCCAGCCAUUACUGGUGGCGAAUGCUAUGAAUCGUUCUUUACCGCCCCGACCUCCAGAGGGCACGAGGAAUCUUCUGGAGGUGGAGGUGACUCCCACUAACAAACGAGUUUCUCAAACAGCCAUCACUGCUGCCUCCAUCCGCAGACUCCGCUGGAAACGAGAGGAUCGUUUUGAUUUCUCAACCACGGCCGAUUUCUACGCCUCCAUCACCCCCAGCCGAUACUCUCCCCCGGGGAAAGCAGCCAAUCCCGUGCCACCCGGCUGGACAAAGUGCACCAUCCAGCUAGCUAUGAGAGGCGAUGCUGACGGUGUGAGCUGUGGCGAGGACUCGUUUGAUCCAGACGAGGGCUUCUCCUCAGGGGCCUCCAGCAGCAGCCAGCCCAGCAGCGUGAAGCGGGACUGGGCCGCAGGGGUCCGAGCGUCCCGGGACCCGGCGGGGAGGAACCGAGAGAGCAGUUCAGCGGACACUCGCGCCGCCCUGCGCCGACUCCACCAGCGGCACCAGUCCCCCCCACCCGCCGUCAACCUCCGCACUGCGGAGAGCAGCCGCAGCCCCAGUCCCAGCACCACCCGGAGGUUCCUGGACCCCCAUUACAUUCCACCCUUCACCGGCCCCCCGCCCAGAACUGGUAGCACCUCUUCCAGUAAGUCUCUGGACUGCACCGGCCUCAACGGCUCGUCCGGACCCACCGACAGCCUGUCCCUGGGCAGCCUGAGUGCGGACAGAGCCCACUGCCUGUCCGCUAUAAGCCUGCAGGAGGAGCAGCUCGGCCGGGCAGCGAGGAGCCAGGACCUCCUGUCUCCUGGAAGCCCCUUCUCUUCUGGAAGCCCCCUGUCCAAAGAGUCCCGCUCGUCCAGUUUUAAUAUGCAGAUUAUAUCACAAGUGUAAAUUAGUCGUGGCUAAGGGCAGGGCUGAGUGUGUGUGUGUGUGUGUCUCUGUGUGUGUGUGUUUGUGUAUGUACAACUGUACUAGGUACAUGGUUGGUGAAUGAAAUGUUAUGUGCAUAUUAUGUAUGAGCAUGUCUUUUUGAUGUGUGUGUGUGGGUGUGAAAAAGAAACGUAUCAAUGUACUUUGUGCGUGAGAGUGAGUGCGUGAGAGUACGUGAGUGUGCGUAAAAGUGUAGCUGCAUUCCAAAGCCUAGGCUGUGGUCUUUUAUUGGUCAUACCUAUGAAAAUAUAAAAAAGCUAAUUGGUUUAGUCUGGAAAUAAUUGGUUAAUUGGUUGUGAUUGGUAGAUAGCUUGUUUGAAUCCCAGUCAUGCAGCUUGCCAUCCGCUGCCAGAGCCCUGAGAGAGCACAAUUGUCCUUGCUCUCUCUGGGUGAGUAGAGUAGAUGGCUCUCUUUCUCCCGUUCUCAUCACUCCUAGGGUGAUGUGGAUCAGCACAAGGCUGCAUCUGUGAGCUGAUGUAUCAGAACCGAGUGCGCUUUCCUCCGAGAGGCGGAGUCUGACUUCACAUGUGUUGAAGGAGGCAUGUGCUACUGGCAUAUACAGCUGAGUAGCAGCUGAAUGGGUUGGUCAAUUGGUUUAGCUAAAUUGUAAGAAAAUGACAGAUUUUUUUUCUAUAUAUAUAUAUGUAUAAAUAAUUUUUUUGUUUUUUUUAACAAGCUUAUUUUUUAACAAGCUUAUUUUUCUGCCAUUUUUACUCAGAUUUUGUGGUGCUGUUUCUCUUUUUCCCUUUUGCAAUGUUCAUGGAUUGUGGGUAAUUGAGGACCUGGAGGGAUGCACCAAAUUGAAAACACUCUGAACUGUUGUAUCUGAAGGGUCAUAGUGGACAAGAAAUACAGCCUAGACUUUGGAAUGGUCUGUCUGUCUCUGUCUGUCUCUGUCUGUCUCUGUCUGUCUCUGUCUGUCUCUGUGUGUCUCUGUGUGUCUCUGUCUGUCUCUGUGAGUCUGUCCAUGUGUGGGUUUGCGUGUCUGUGUGUCUGUCUGUCUGUGUGUGAGGGCAUGAUUUGUUUGUGUAAAUACAUGUGAAUAAUUUACACUGACAUCAUUAUGCACUGGUGGUUUGCGUGGCGGAAACGAAUUGUUUUGCACAGUAACCCCCCCC